AUGGGCAAGCUACUCAUCUGCGUCGGACUGGCUCUCCUGCUGCAUGUGCAGCUAGGAUCAUCCUACAUCCUGUCCUGUUAUUUCACUAACUGGGCACAGUACCGUCCUGGAGCAGGAAAGUACCUACCCACCAACAUUGACCCAUGUCUCUGUGACCACCUCAUCUAUGCCUUUGCAUCAAUGGACAACAACAUGAUCAAGACCUAUGAGUGGAACGAUGAAAAACUCUACGGACAGUUCCAGGCCCUAAAGAACCAGAACAGCAACCUGAAGACUCUGUUGGCCAUUGGAGGAUGGAACUUUGGUACUCAGAAGUUCACAGCCAUGGUGUCUAGUGCUGCCAAUCGUCAGACCUUCAUCAACAGUGUGAUCCAGUUUCUGCGUCAGUACCAGUUUGACGGUCUGGAUAUCGACUGGGAGUUCCCUUGCACUCGUGGCUCCCCACCUCAGGAUAAGCAGCUCUUCACUGUCCUGGUUCAGGAACUGAUGAGUGCCUUUGAGGCAGAGGCUAAGAAGACCAACCGUCCCCGCCUGAUGCUGACUGCUGCUGUCUCUGCUGGAAAGGGAGUCAUUGACACUGGAUACCAGAUUUCCCAGAUUGGAGCGGUCUUGGACUACAUCCACGUCAUGAGCUAUGACUUACACGGUUCCGGGGAGCCCACUGUUGGAGAGAACAGCCCUCUGUACAAGGGACCCGCUGACCAGGGACAAAUGAUCUACUACAAUGUGGACUAUGCUAUGAACUACUGGAAGAGCAAUGGUGCCCCAGCUGAGAAAUUGCUGGUUGGUUUCGCCACCUAUGGCCACAACUUCCGCCUGGCUUCCUCUAACACUGCUGUGGGAGCUCCCGCCAGUGGUCCUGGACCUGCUGGACCCUUCACUCAUCAGAGUGGCUUCUGGGCCUACUAUGAGAUCUGCACUUUCCUGAAGCAAGGCGCCACCCAGGCUUGGGACAGCCCCCAGGAUGUGCCAUAUGCCUACAACAAUGGUGUCUGGAUUGGAUAUGACAAUGUGAAGAGCUUCCAGAAUAAGGUUCAGUGGUUGAAGCAGGGUGGUUUUGGAGGAGCCAUGGUGUGGACUUUGGACCUGGAUGACUUCAGUGGAACUUUCUGUGGCCAGGGAAAAUAUCCUCUGAUCAACACCCUCAAGAGUGGACUGGGAACUGGAGCUUCUUGUAGUGCUCGUACUGACCCCCUGCCUCCAGUCGCACCCACCCAGCAGCUUCAGCCCAAGCCUGGCGGUGGUAGCGGCAAUGGUGGUAGCAGUGCAGGAUCUGGCUUCUGUGCUGGCAAGGCUAAUGGACCCUACCCAGACCCAACCAACAAGAACCACUUCUAUGAGUGCCAGCAGGGACACACCUACACCCAGAGCUGUGCCGCUGGCCUUGUGUUCGAUAACAGCUGCAAGUGCUGCAACUGGGCUUAA